CUUUCAUAGUUUUCAAUAUUUUUGUUUAAUUGAUUUAUGUAUGUGUCCUAAUCAAUAUUAUUCAAAGUAAAAUCCUAUAUGAUAUUGUUUGAUGUUUCUAUUAUAUUUUUUUUAAGCACACAACUUUGUUCUCUUAUCUCUGAUGGAGGUUGUUUAUCUCCGAGGUGAUACAUAUGGCAUGAAAAUCUCUUAUCAUGUUAUCCAUAUACCAAUAUCCCUUCUUCUCCUUAAUAUUGACCUUGUGAUCGAGGUUAUUGCCUCGUAUGAUAAUCUCACUAUUAGGUGUGUAUGUCUAUAAAUUAUCCACAAGUGGGUAGGAAUAGUAAGCCAAAAAUCCAUGAGUAAGCAUCAUCAUCAUUCAUCUCAAUCACAAGUGGAAUUUCAUAAAAUCAAAUCCUUGUGGUUGGGUGCGGGUUUUUAUGGUUAGAACCCGAGACUAUCUAAUCGGACCUGUAAUAGUACAUUAUGCAUCAAGGUCUCGUAUGAAUGCACAUUUUAAAGUAAUAUCUUAAUUUUUUAAAAAAUAAUGUCACAUGUAUUAUUUUUCAUAUUAAAUUAUUAAAAAUACAAAUUUAAUUAUCGUAUAAUGGAUGGAUUUUCAUCCAACCCAAUCAAAAUCGUGCCUACAAAAUUAAUGGGUGAGUUUCGAUUUACCAUAAUUCAACCCGUGAGUCAAUGGAUGAGUGGUAAAAAAAUGCUAAAAUAUGACCCAACCGACCGGCUCAAGUUAGGGUGCAUAACCCUUGGUUAUGGCAUGAAGUAAGGGUGUUCAAAUGGUUGCCGUGUUAAUAACCAAACCAAUUAAACCUAAAGUUCAUUAACCAUUGAAUAAAAUGUUUUAACAAAACCUUCCAAAUUAAUACGAAAACCAAAUUAACCAAACCAAAGUUUAAUUGGUUUGGUUAAUCGGAUAAUCAGAUUAACCAAAUAACAUAACAUUACAUGAAAACAAUUAUCCUGUUAAUGAAUAAAACAUAACCAUAUAUUAUUACUAUCAUUAUAUAUAAGCAAAAUAAUAAUAAUAAGACUAACCAUUUAUGAUUUUUAUUAUCAUUCGAGUUAAUACAUCAUUCUUCAUCUCUGCACCUAAUAUAGUUAGCUAACAACAAACCGUUAACAUAAAUACUAAAUACAUAUCAAUACCAUUACCACUCAUCAGGAAGUAACAGCUCUCUUACAAAACACUUAAACUGUACAUAGUUUGAGGUGGUUGUCAUGGUAUUGUAUGUAAUCCUAAAGUCUAGUAGUUGUCCAAAAUGUUUUGGUUUUGUAAAUAAAUUUGGUUUGGUUGGUUUCAUGAACGUAUAAAUAGUUUCAUUCCUCUCGUUACCAAUUUUGGUUUGGUUGGUUUCAUGAAAGUAUAAAUAAUUUCAUUCCUCUCGUUACCAAUUUUGGUUUGGUUGGUUUCAUGAAAGUAUAAAUAAUUUCAUUCCUCUCGUUAAAAAAUGAGAUCCAUUUUCAAUAUUUUUUUAGAAAAAAUAUUUCAUUCCUUUCGUUACCAACUGCAUACCAUAUGGUAUCUUCUUCGUUUUUAAGUUGUUUUUCAAAAUUUUUGUAUAGAAGGAACGAGUUCAUCAUGAUCUAUUGGAUCUACAAAUUCCUAGGCUUCUCCCGAUAGAAUUAAGUUACAUAGCUGUGCACGAACAUCCACCAAGAACCCUUUCAUUGCCAUCUCUAUAUAAAUACUCGAUGCAAAAGAAAAGUGAGAAAAGUAGGUCUAUAUAUAAUAAAAGCUUUGGUUGCUAUACCUAAGACUUGAAAUUGAAGAUGCAGAGGAGUAGUGGUUUUUAUGCUGCAACCCCUGUGGCUACUCCCAAGGUGGUGGAAGCUGCUGUGGCGGCCGUGAAGCAGGAACAAGGCGUCAGUAUCAAGCAAGAGGCUGAGGCGCCCGGCGGUAUAUAUGGUGGCUCCGGCGACCCCCAAACCUGCUGCUGCCAUGAGCUGCAUCAAGCAAGAAGAGGCUCCGGUGUACUCUCGUUGCAUCGGUGGUUGAUGUCACGACCAUGUCUGUGAAAGCUGGAGGGGGGGAAUUAUCAUGUUAAUGUUUAACAUGUAAAAUAAUGCAAUGAAUAAAGUAUUUUAAUUUUUGAAUCUGCUUUUUGGUUGGUUGAUAAGGUCGUUGGUUUUGGUUUUACUUUUCAAUGGGAAUGUUAUAUAUGAUGAUUUGAAUAAAGUAUUUCAAUUUUUAAAUAGGAUCAUAUGCUGCCAAUUUUAGAAAUUCACAUGCAGGAAUUAGUCAUGAAACGUGAAAAUUGAAAAAACUGGAAAUGGUUGGAAUUCCAUAAAAGGUGGAACACUAUGGCCCGUUUUGCUAUUGUUGCAAACUGAACUCUUCCCUCUAUCUUACUUGUUGUUAGGAUUCUGUUAACUCACUGAAUUUGGGCCACAAAAGGAAAAGAGAGGAGCUUGGUGACCAAAAAACGUAGCACCAAAAAUAGUAAAGCGCGCCAAAUUGAAUAUGACGGCGGUAAGAAUUUGAUCGGUCCAAGUGGGAGCACACUGUAUGUUUUUCACUUAGAUGGGCUAAAUUAAUUAACUUAAUAUUGCCCAUGACGAUUCAAACCCAAUGUGGGUUCAAUGGGUCUAUCAUCGCUUCCGCACCCGAAUCUAAAAUGGCGAAUAUGGAGAUGUAACUCUCCAACGGAGGAAGGAUAACAACCAUGAAUUUCGAGGAUACUAAUCUAAGUUAAUAGAUGCUACUAAGUACUAACCUUCUUGGAUUGCUCGAAUCCUAUGGGAUCGAUAUGAAGCCACUGAUUCGGGGAUUCACAUGAUUGAUUUGAAGCAAUGGAUCUAGGUAUUUAAGGUCGUAUAGUUAUAAAGGGGGAGCGAAGAGAAAUGAAUGAGAUCUGAUUUGAGCGCUGGACAUGGCGACCUGCUGCAUGCGCUGCCUUCCUGCCACCGUCAAGCAGUUUCAGUGUCUCGAAGCAACGGAGAUUCCUCGGAGAAGGAGAAAGCCAUGUUUCAUUCUUCUGGAGCUCGAUUCUGUUUUUUCUAGGGGAGAGGGGGAUUAGACGAGAGAAACAGAGAGGGAGGGGAAAAACAAAUUUUGCAAUAAUUCCAAAUCAUUAUUAAUUAAUGCCCCAACUACUUGAUGUGCAGAAAAGCUCUGAAGUUGUACUGUUGUUUGCAUUGGUCUACCUUCAAACAUAGCCGCAUCAUGAACCAAAGCAAUUAAGCAAGAAUCUUCAUAUUCCAAGUAGAAUGACUCAAUUCAAUUUGGUCAGCACUACAUACAUAUUGGUUACCCCUGGGCCUGUGCACUUGUUGCCUUCAGAUUUUCGUGAACACAAUUGAGGAGAGGAGGCUGUCAAUGGAGUGGAGUGUGUUAAUUAAGUGAAUAACCAUAUAGCUGAUAAACGGGGUCUUCUUGAUUAGCGAUCAAAAUAUUGGGGGUAGCUGCAAUCCGUCGUUUGCUUCCUCUACGCAUUCUAGUUAGAAUCUCUGGCCACGGUUGUAGAGAUUAGGUUCAGUGAGAGCUAUGGAACAGGAGGAGAGUACGUUCGUGGAGGAGGAGAUGACCCGGCGAGUAGAAAGGGAAGCUUUGGCGGUCGUCGUAAGCUUCUUCCCAUCAGCCUUCUUUCCCUCUUUCUAGUUGUUUUUCUACGACCCCGCCAAGCGUUCGAGGCCUUCUCCUUGACUGGGGAUCUGAAUUGGCAAUUCGGGAAAUUAUGCCUCCUUCUCCAUUCAUACUGUUAAGUGACACCGUUAUAGGGAUCGGAUGUACAAAAGUAGUUAUUUUGUGUAUUUCAAAAGUUGUGGCCAUAACUGUGACAAACGUGAAAGUUGUGGCAAUGAAAGUGUAUUUUCUUUUGUUAAUACACGUGGAUCGCAAACUUAGCACUUCUGUUAGUCCAAUCAUAUUAUUAAGUGACACCGUUAAAUGGAUGGACGAAAGUGACUAUUUUGUGUAUUUCGAAAGUUGUGGCUAUAACUGUCACAAACGUUAAAAUUAUUUCUAUGGAAGUGUAUACUGCCCAAAAAAAAAAACAUUCAUGUUUUAC